GAAGCAAAUGCCGCCGAGGUGUGGCCUCCGUCUCCAUCCUUCGGUCGAGGGAUCAUAGUAGUAGAGACUAACGGCCACGCGAGUCGGUUUUAGGAGGUGAGAUCGCGUAACAAUUCUCAUACAAUCCUCCCUCUCUUUCGAUAUGCUUGCAAGAACGAAGACACAUUGAACACCUCUCGCUUAAAGGCAGACAGCAGGCAUGUAUACAGCUUCAUUCGCCUUCUUCGAGGCCUUAUGGAAUGCCGGCGUAACACACUGCUUCGUCAACCUUGGCUCCGACCACCCUUCCAUCAUCGAAGCUAUUGUCAAAGGCCAGAAGGAGCGGAAGGAUGCCUUCCCACGCAUUAUCACGUGUCCAAACGAAAUGGUGGCGCUAUCGAUGGCAGACGGCUAUGCCCGUCUCAGCGGCAAGCCGCAAGCAGUCAUCGUACACGUAGACGUUGGAACGCAAGGUCUAGGAGCGGCGGUACACAAUGCCAGCUGUGGGCGAGCACCCGUCUUCAUCUUCGCUGGACUUUCACCAUACACUAUUGAAGGCGAGUACAGGGGCUCAAGAACAGAGUACAUCCACUGGAUCCAAGAUAUACCUGAUCAGAAGGCCAUUGUGGCGCAAUACUGUCGGUAUGCUGGCGAGAUUAAGCGGGGGCGGAAUGUGAAGCAGCUGGUCAAUCGGGCAUUGAGCUUUGCUACCAGCCACCCGCAAGGGCCCGUCUAUCUUGUGGGUGCGCGAGAAGCGAUGGAAGAAGAUAUCGAGCCGUACGACCUUGACCAGUCCUGCUGGGGUCCAGCGGAGCUUGGAGGCCUUACCUCAAAGCAAGCGCAGUUCGUGGCGGAAGCUCUAGUCGGCGCAGAGGAGCCGCUGUUGAUCACGGGUUAUAGCGGGCGCAACCAUGCUGCCCCGGCGGCUUUGGUGAAGCUCGCAGAUACCAUCAAAGGGCUCAAAGUACUGGACACUGCCGGCAGUGACAUGUCGUUUCCCGCCAAUCACCCAGCCUGGCUGAGUUGCAGGUACGGAGUUGAAGAGUCCAUCAAGACUGCAGACGUGAUACUGCUGCUCGAUGUUGACGUCCCGUGGAUACCCACCCAGUGCAAGCCCAAGAAAGGCGCCAAAGUCAUCCAUAUCGAUGUCGAUCCCCUCAAGCAGCAGAUGCCAGUCUUCUACGUCUAUGCCUGCGCAACCUACCGUGCAGACGCUCAGACAGCCAUUACACAAAUCACCGAACACAUCACUUCCCAUCUAUCCGACAAGCUUUCUAGCCAAACACUCUCAGAUCGGCAAUCAGCACUCGAGAAGUCAUACAAGCAGAGACUCGAACAUAUCGCUACCUUCGCCGUCCCCGCCGAUAACGGCACCUUCGGCUGCUCAUAUCUCAUGUCCGAAGUCAGGAAGGCCUGUCCGCAAGACACCAUAUGGGCGGUUGAAGCCGUGACCAGCACCUUCUUCGUUGCAGAUCAAGUGCAAGCAACGUUGCCUGGCUCUUGGAUCGGUUGUGGUGGCGGUGGGUUGGGGUGGUCUGGAGGCGGCGCGCUGGGUAUCAAGCUUGCAACGGACGCCGAGCACGGUGGUACCAACAAGGGCAAGUUCGUGUGUCAGGUUGUAGGCGAUGGAACGUACCUCUUCUCAGUGCCUGGGAGUGUAUACUGGAUCGCGCAGCGAUAUGGCAUUGCUGUGCUGACCAUAGUGCUCAACAAUCAAGGCUGGAAUGCUCCUCGCAAAUCUCUCCUCUUAGUACAUCCAGACGGUCAGGGUGCGAAGGUCGAUAACCGCGAGCUUAACAUCUCUUUUGCCCCCACGCCAGACUACAGUGGAAUAGCAAAGGCAGCUUCGGGUGGCAAGUGCUGGGCUGGGCACGCCGGAACCGUCGAACAGCUACAGAAGAUGUUACCACAGGCUGUGGAAGCCGUGAAGAGCGGGAGGUGUGCCGUGCUCGACGCCCACCUCGACGGCCCGGAAGGUAAGUACGGUGGUGGCGAGAUUGCUGCAGUGGGUUAGGCGCACGUUGGUUUGGAGGCCUGGCGCGAUUACAACGUGGCAGGGAAAGCGUUUUGCUUGUUCUUGUUCCACCAAUCGUCUUCGUGCGCAGCGAUCAAUUCGACUUGAUCUCCCGCCAGUCUCUGGAACUCUUGCAAACGCGUAAUACUCUCCGCCGCGACCUCUUUAUCGAGGUGUAUGCAUAGCUUGCCAUGUGGGCCGUCCCAUGUACCUAUUUCCUUCUCUCCAGUCAAUAAGCGCCUAUCAUGGUAUGCAUCGCCACAAAGCAGUAUCCAGCGAGCUUUUGUCCGACAUAGAAGGUUGACAUGCCCGGGUAGGUGACCGGGAGUGUCGACCACAAAGACGGACCCAUCGCCGAAGAGGUC